AUGUCUACCACCACCACCAACGUCCUUAUAACCGGUGUCGCCAGAGGAAUCGGGCUGUCCCUUCUAAAAGCCUACCUCUCCCGCCCCAACCACACCGUCAUCGGCACCGUCCGCUCCACCAACUCCCCCAGCACAGCAACUCUCGCCGCGCUCCCCACAGCACCCAACACGCGCCUCAUCCUCCUCAGCAUCGAAAGCACCUCUGAAUCAGACUAUCCCGCCGCCGUAGCGACCCUGCGCGAACAAGGCAUCACGCAGCUUGAUCUCGUGAUCGCCAACGCAGGUAUCUGUCCCGACCCGACGCCCCUGGUGAACCUGGACGUCAAGGACGUGAGCAAUGCCUUUGCCGUGAACACCGUCGGCCCAAUUCUCCUCUUCCAGGCCGUCCGCGAGCUUUUGGAGAAGAAGAGUUCUGGCGCGAAGUGGGUGUCGAUGUCGACGGGAGCCGCCUCAUUGGGUAAUUUGGUGGUGCAUCAGGCUCAUGGCGUUGCUGCGUAUGGGAUUUCGAAGGGAGGGUUGAAUUGGUUCACUUUGGCUGUCCAUGCCUCUGAGCAAUGGUUGACUGCGUUUGCAGUGCACCCUGGACUCGUACAAACAGAAAUGGGCAACAAGGGAGCACAAAUGAUGGGAUUGGACGAGGCGCCGAAUACUCUGGAAGAAAGCACUAGCAAGACUAUUGCUUUGAUUGAUGGAGCUACGAGGGAGACUGCUUCUGGACGAUUCUUUAAUUCGAUCGAUGGGUCGGAGAUUCCUUGGUAA